CCCUCAGGCCAUGCCUCUAGCUCCGUCCUGUUGUGGGGGACGCGGGAGGCAGGCUUUUCUCCCCCAUCUCUCCCAUCUCAUCGCACACCGUGCCUGGUUCUUCCCACCACUCUGCCAUCACUCCUGUCUCCCCCUAGGACCACCGGAGAGCGGGACGUUGCGUGCUGCUCUGAUCCAUGCACUGCCCAGCACUCGUCCCCAUCUCUCUGGGCGUCCUGCGAGUGGAGUAGCUCUAAGGCUGCCUAUAUAUCAGCACUAGGAAGGAAAAAGCAGCAGAGCAUGUUGCAAAGAUCCCGGCAAGUGAUUGCUCCUCACUGCUCUUCAGGCGGAACCUCACACCCAACAACUUAUUUCACAACAGCCUGCGAACAGCUGGCCAGGGGCCAAGGAGAAGACUUGAUGUAUGGCGAUGACGCGUUAUUGCUGCCUCCUGAUGGCUGCGGCUGGGCUGCUGCUGGCGACAACAGCUCUCGCCCUGGAAUGCCCCAAAAUCAAAGUGAGCACCUGUCAGGACUGCAUCCGGUCUGGCCCCGGCUGUGCUUGGUGCAAGAAACUGAAUUUCACCAAAGCGGGCGAGCCAGACUCCAUUCGUUGUGACACCAGAGAGCAGCUGCAGCAGAGGGGAUGUGACGCAAAAGACAUCGUGUUCCCAGAAAGCAAUUUCAUCCAACUAAAGAACACCGCUCUAGAGGACAAGACACAGCUGGCUCCCCAGAAAGUGCGCUUGCUCUUGAGACGAGGUCAGCCAGCUGAGUUCAACGUGACCUUCCGCCGGGCCGAGGGCUACCCUAUUGACCUCUACUAUCUGAUGGAUCUCUCCUACUCCAUGCAUGAUGACCUGGAGAAAGUGAAGAAGCUGGGAAGGGACCUGCUCGCAGCUCUGAACUCCAUCACCACCUCCGGCCAGAUCGGCUUCGGCUCCUUUGUGGACAAGACGGUGCUGCCCUUCGUGAACACGCACCCCGAGAAGCUGAAGAACCCCUGCCCAAACAAGGACACCACCUGCCAGCCGCCGUUCGCUUUCAGGCACGUCCUCUCCCUCACUGGAAAUGCCGAUGUGUUUGAUAGGGAGGUCAAGAAACAGUCCAUCUCGGGGAACCUCGAUGCCCCCGAGGGGGGGCUGGAUGCCAUGAUGCAGGUGGCAGUCUGCGGGAACAAGAUUGGCUGGCGCAAUGUAACUCGUCUGCUGGUAUACGCCACGGAUGACGGCUUCCAUUUUGCUGGGGAUGGUAAACUCGGAGCCAUUCUGACCCCUAAUGAUGGUCAAUGCCACCUGGAAGAGAACAUAUACAAAAUGAGCAAUGAGUUUGACUACCCGUCCGUCGGCCAGCUGGUACAAAAGCUUGCUGAAAAUAAUAUUCAGCCCAUUUUUGCUGUCACUAGCAGAAUGGUUGGAAUAUACCAAAAGCUCAGUGAAAUGAUCCCCAAAUCAGCAGUGGGGGUGCUGCACGAAGAUUCCAGCAACGUCAUCCAACUCAUCAAGGAAGCCUACAACAACUUGUCCUCCAGAGUCAUCCUGGACCAUGGUACCUUGUCGGACGUUUUAAAAGUCACAUACGAUUCUUUCUGCCAUGGCAAAAAACCCACCAUGGAUGGCAUGAGAGGGGAAUGUAGUGAUGUCAAGAUCCAUGACGAGGUUACCUUCCGGGUGAAAGUUACAGCAAAGGAGUGCAUUGAAAACACGUUCUUUACCAUCCGGCCCCUGGGCUUCACAGACACACUCACUGUGGAACUGGUCAGCCGGUGCAACUGUGACUGUGAUGAGCGACCCAGCCGCACUGACUGCAGUGGGAAUGGUACAAUCGUGUGUGGCACGUGCAGGUGCAAGCCAAGCCACACUGGGAAGAACUGCGAGUGCGAAACAAAAGGCAAAACCAGCAAGGAGCUGGAAGGGAGCUGUCGGAAGGACAAUGCCUCAGUCAUCUGCUCGGGCCUGGGGGACUGCGUGUGUGGGCAGUGCACCUGCCACACCAGCGACACGCCCAACAAGCAGAUCUACGGGACCUUCUGCGAGUGCGACAACAUGAAUUGCGAGGUCCAUAAUGGCCACUUGUGCGGCGGCGAAGAGCGAGGGCGCUGCGACUGUGGGGAGUGCAAAUGCAAUGCUGGCUUCGAAGGCAGCGCUUGCCAGUGCAAGAAGUCUACCGACGGCUGCGUGAACAUCCAGGGAAACGUGUGCAGCGGCCGUGGGUACUGCCAGUGCAAUACAUGCCAGUGUAAGCCAGGCUACCAGCCCCCGUUCUGUGAGGAAUGCCCUGGCUGCCCUUCGCCGUGCGCCCGACACAUCUCCUGUGUGGAGUGCAAGGCGUUUGAGAGCGGCCCGUUUCAGAAGAACUGCACAACCGCGUGUCUGAACAUCGUCGAAAACGGUUUGUUGACAGGCGGCCGGCAGUGCCGGGAGAAGGACUCGGAGAAUUGCUGGAUUUCCUAUCUUAUGAGACAGGAGGAUGGGGAGGACAAGUACUCCUUUCAAGUCAAUGCCAAGAAAGAGUGUCCGCAGCCCCCGAACAUCGCUGCAAUCGUGGGCGGCACCAUCGCGGGCGUGGCCCUGAUUGGGCUGCUGCUCCUGGUGAUGUGGCGGCUGUUGAUGGAGGUGUUCGACCGCAGGGAGUACAGCAGGUUCGAGAAGGAGAAGUUGAAGGCCAAGUGGAACGAGGGUGACAAUCCCCUUUUCCAGAGUGCUACCACCACUGUCAUGAACCCCAGAUUCAAUGGAGAAUGACGUGGAGCUACCCUGCAAGCCUGGGAAGGCUCAACUGUUAAACCAAGAAAUACCAAACUAAGGGCACCAGCAUUUUAUUCUCUAAGCAGAGAUCUGCCGUACGCUGUUCCCUUCUUCCAUGACGCUGCCAGUGACGGGCGGGCUUUGUCCGGCGGGCAGUGUUGUGCGGUCUCUUCUCCAGCAGUCUCUUCCCUCUGCGUGGCUCCUGCAAGCUGUGUUCAUAGGGCUGUGAGAAGGCAGCCGUGCAAGCUUUGAUUGGUGGGAUUAUUGUCAGUUUGCAUUAGCGUGGGCGCCUGGAAAACAAUCCCACCAUCUGUCUUAACUCACGCUGCACAUAGGUGCCAUGCACUGGCACCAGUUGCUGUUAGAGCUUGAACCGAGCCUGCAUUGUUACUCGUUUUCAACGUACAACCAGUAUUGAUCUUCGCUUGGCAUUCUGCCAGAGGCCACCUUCUUUCUGGCCUAAAGCCCUCUGCUCAAAGGCUGCGGUCACUCCAAUUCCCUGUCCAGCUGUGCUGUGCUCGGCUACGGGACUACUGCAGGUCUUGUCGAAAAUGCUAAAAUCAUUCGGGGGUCAGGCCACGUGCUGGUCUCCGGAGCAGUAAACCUGCAGUGAGGAGGGCGGUGGCCAUAGGGGUGGGUGGAUCA